CAAAACGAAAAUAUGGAAGUAAAUGAGUCGAAAGUCAUAAAUGAAGAAAUUCGUUUUUCCAGUUACAAGUUAACCGAAAAUGACGAUAUUCGUUACGACACAUUGGCCAAUCUUUAUAGACCAAAAGUUUGGGCUAUGACUCGUCAAGAACUAUGCGAAACAGUUCCUUACUUUAAAGCGUGGCAAGGUGGAGUAUAUAACAAGAAUGGUGUGGUAUGGGGAUACAUGUUAGAUGGGUACGGUGCCUUACGUGACAUUUGCAACGGACGCGUAGUAAUUUCCCAUGGAGGAGGGAAAAGCUACAAACGUAAGGAUGGAAGUUUCGGUCUUGUCGCGUCGCAAAUGUUGACAGAUGUAUCCGUUCGGUCCUUAUUAAAAAAUUAUAUAAAUAAACAGUCACUGGCAUUAAUUGUGGGAAACAAAAAACACGCAGAAUUCAAAAUACCUGCGCGUUACUGUGUCCUAGGACUAUAUGUUAUUACUCACGUUUGGCCUGAAUACGAGUAUGCUCCCUGCGACGUUGAUGAAGGUAUUUCUGAUGCGGAAAAAGUCUUUGAUGAAAAAUCUACUCCCGAACGGUGUAAAAAACGAAAGAAUCGCGACGGAAAAAUGAGUUUUGUUCGCUGGAAAUUUCGGUUUGAGUGGGUUCCAGAUCAAGAAUUCCUGCCUUGGUGGGAAUCUUCAUGUGAACGACUUUUAUAUUCAAAAAUCCUGCCGGGAAAAUUAAAGUCGUUUGUCUGUCCAGACUGCAAACUUCCAUCUGAUAUGAUUUAUAGCAACGUUUGGAUUUGUCUUAAUCAUAACUGUAAUCAUUUUUGGCAGUCUUUAACUGCUGAAUACAAAUGGGAAGAGGUACCAGAAAAUUUGGAUUACGUGAAAGCGUUUUUAAACCCAGGACUUAUAGAAAAGGAUCAAAUCAUUCAAAUUCCAUUUUCUAUACUGCCACCGCAACCGCCAGCCAAUUUGAAUGAAAAGAGUUAUUUUUAUGAAAAUUCAUAUGGCGCACAAUAUUGGAAAGGUUAUCAUUGUCUACGUUGUGGACGGGUUUCAUGUCGAUCUCUUUGGAAAGGGUGGAUUUGUGUUAACUGUGGGACAACGCUUUCGGCACCUUACCAAAUUGUUCUUCCUUACGCGCUUCGUGGUGAGUCUGAUCUCCCGUUACUUAUCGGACCCGCAACGGAUUAUGAAUUAUGCUUAAAGGAAGGUAGUCCAAUCACUGUAUCUCGCAAGGUGACGCCUGAUGGCGCAAGUGUAUUCCAAUAUAGUUUUCCUGAAGGCGGUCAUGUAAUUCAUAGACUCGGAAACUUAUCUAUAAAUGCGAUGUCAGACAAGUUAUUCCUAGGAUUUCAAACCGGAGAUAUUCCUCUUAAAAGAAACAAAGUAAAAAAUGGAAAUCAAAUAGUUGGAUCAGAGUUGCUUGCUCGUCAAUUUUCUAUGAACAUUGGAAAGAAUUAUGAAUUCUCAUUGGCGGUAGAAACUUUACAAUUUGAACAAUGUCCGGAAAUUGUUCAUAAGACCUAUCUUUAUCUUGUUGAGAUGUGCACCCGACUUGUUCCAGGCGUACAAUUUAAUGAAAUGUUGGUAGUCGCAUAUUUGAAUGAUCAAAGAAUGAAUUAUCAUGAUGACGGCGAAAAAGGUGUCGCACCAAUUAUUGGCAAUUUGUCUCUCGGAGCUUCAGCUAAAUUAAUAAGUCAUGAAGAUAUGGAUGCAUCGAAUGAUGAUACAUUCAUAUCGGACACUCCUAUCGCAGAUGAAAUUCUUUCUAGUGAUAUUUCUUCCGAACAAGUUACCAAUCCCCUAUCCCAAAUGAAACCGCGUUCUCGAAAAAGGGUUGUCACCAUGAAUUCCCCAUCAUCAUCUCUGAAAAAGUCGUGUUCUCUAAGAAUGGAUGUCGACAUUGAUUCUUCGAUGUCAACUGACCCUGGUUCAUCAUCGUUGUCUACCUCUUUUAUUAAAAAUAAUUCUGAUACUUCGGAUGAAAAUUUAUUGCCGACUAUUUCAACCUUGGGAUUGGAAGUAGAAGAUUUAAAUUCAUCAACUGUUUCGGAAAUAUUCCCAACGCCAUUCACUGGUUUACCCGUCGAUCACAUGAAUUUAAACUUGAAGGUCCGUGGAAGUGGUCCAGAUUUGGUAUUAAAACUAAACCAUGGUGACGUAUUAAUGAUGGUCGGAAGAGAGAUUCAGAAGUACUACGAGCACGCUUUGAAGCCCGAUGGAUUUCGUGUAGCUGCCACGAUACGUCACAUUUCUGAG